CGGGCGGCAGAGGGAGGAGGAGCCGCACCGCCGCCCCUGCCCCGGGCCAGCCCCGGGAUGGUGUUGGCCGCGGGAGCCGGGCCCUGACGCCGUGCUCAGACUGAAGACAGCAGUAAUGCUCACUCUGGCAAGCAAGUUGAAGCGGGAUGAUGGUGUCAGAGGACCCCGUGCAUCCAAUCCAGCUUCUGAUUCCACUCGGAGGGUGUCUGUACGAGAUAAAUUGCUUGUUAAAGAGGUUGCGGAACUUGAAGCUAAUUUACCUUGUACAUGUAAAGUGAAUUUUCCUGACCCAAACAAGCUUCAUUACUUUCAGCUAACCGUAAUCCCAGAUGAGGGCUAUUACCAAGGUGGAAAAUUUCAGUUUGAAAUUGAAGUUCCUGAUGCCUACAAUAUGGUGCCUCCGAAAGUAAAAUGCUUGACAAGAAUCUGGCAUCCAAACAUCACAGAGACAGGAGAAAUCUGCUUAAGUUUAUUGAGAGAACAUUCAAUUGAUGGCACUGGCUGGGCUCCAACUAGAACAUUAAAGGAUGUUGUCUGGGGAUUAAACUCUUUAUUUACUGAUCUUUUGAAUUUUGACGACCCUUUGAAUAUUGAGGCUGCAGAACAUCAUUUGCGUGACAAGGAGGACUUCAGGAAUAAAGUUGAAGAUUACAUGAAGCGCUAUGCGAGAUGAUGAAGAUUGAUGGCCAGCAGGACCACGGCUUCCAUGCUGUCUUCAACUUCAACAACACCAACCAGAAGAAAACCAGCCCGGACUGUACCAGUCCAGUGUCCAUGUUGUACCGAAGAAGAAACCUAACUUCAUAACUUGUCCAUGUUAAAAGGAGAGUUCAGCAUCAAUACAGCAAGAAAUUGUGUUUGUUGGUUGAAAAAACAAAAAAAAAAAAAAAAAAAAAAACCCAAGUUGUUUGCUUACUUAUAAAAUGUUUACUCUUCUGAACUGUACUGUAUAUCCUGUUGAUGAGAUAUGCUUGACAAGUUAAAAGAAAUCACUAUUGGAAUUGGAAUUAUUAUUUUUUUUUUUAAAACCUUUUGCCUCGUUUGGGGAGAAAGAAAAAGCCAAAAGCAAGCAGGUGGUGUGGGUUUGGAACACUUCAAGUUGGAAAUAAAAUGGUCUCCUGUGAACCAAA